AUGGAAGGGUCCUCGCCACCGCCUCUUCCCUCUCAGUACGCGAAAUUCUGUGAGGGUCGCGGGCCAAGUCCCAGGACUCCCGGGUUGCGGGCCCUGGUGAAGAGCAGACCUGGGAAAACAGGUGGCAGGUCCGAGCCAGCAGGUGGGAAGCUGUCCGCCCCGGACGCCGCUGGCGCAUGCGUAUUGGAGAGCCGAAGCCAGCACGGCGCAGUCGCCAUUGCAGGGUUUUCCCAACAGAGUCUACCUGGCUCUGGGGGCUGGUCCAGCCCCAGGGGCCCAGUCACUGGGAGUCAUUGGUUCAAGCAUCAGGGCACUCACACCUUCUCCCGCCCGGGUUUGGGCGGGAGGCGGAGGCAGCGCGGAGGCGGUGUCAGGGGGCGGAGCAAUCCGAAAGGCCCUUUGUCUGUUAUGCCUUCCCAGAAUGCUAUACUUUUUAAGGAAGGGAACAUGGAAAAGAAGGAAAUGAAUGAUGGAUCACACAUAGUCAAGUCCCAGGAGUCACUGACAUUCCAGGAUGUGGCUGUGGACUUCACCAGAGAGGAGUGGGACCAGCUGUACCCUGCUCAGAAGAACCUCUACCGAGAUGUGAUGCUGGAGAACUAUAGGAAUCUGGUCGCACUUGGGCAUCAACUUCAUAAGCCAGAGGUGAUCAUUCAAUUGGAAGAAGAAGAGCAGUGGAUGAUGGAAAGAGACGGCCCACUGGACACUCAUCCAGAUGGGGAAAAUAGACCUGAAGUCAAAAAAUUAACUCCAACCCAGAAUUUUUCUGAUGAAAAUCAAACCCAUGACAUGAUAAUGGAGAGGCUAACUGGAGACAAUUUCUGGUACUCCAUUCUAGGAGGACUCUGGGAUUUCGAUUACCAGUUAGAGUUUUGCCAAGAAAACCAGCAGAGACAUUUAGAUCAAGUAUCUUUCACCCAAAAAAAGAUUACAAAGGAGAGAAGCCUUGAAUGUACUAGAUUUGGGGAAAACUAUAAAAUGAACUCAAAUCUUAUUAUGCAUCAGCAAAUUUCUUCAAUUGAAAUCCCCCUUACUUCAGACACACAAGGAAAUAACACCAAACAUAAUUCAGAAUUGAUUUACUAUCAGGGAAACUAUAUAAGAAACAAUACUUAUGAAUAUAAUGAGUGUGGGAAAAUCUUCAAUCAGCAUGUUCUUUGUACUAGUCAUAUUCAUACUGAAGAGAGACCCAGUGAAUGUAGGAAGGCCUUCAACCACAACUCAUCAUUUACCCAACCUCAGAUCAUCCUUACGGGAGAGAAGCCCUAUAAGUGUGAUGAAUGUGGGAAAAGAUUCAGCCAGAGGAUACAUCUUAUUCAACAUCAGCGAAUUCAUACAGGAGAAAAACCUUUUAUAUGCAAUGAAUGUGGGAAAGCCUUUCGUCAGCAUUCAUCCUUUACUCAGCAUCUAAGGAUUCAUACUGGAGAGAAGCCCUACAAAUGUAAUCAAUGUGGCAAAGCCUUUAGCCGUAUCACAUCCCUUACUGAACAUCAUAGACGUCAUACUGGAGAGAAACCUUAUGCAUGUAGUUUUUGUGAAAAAGCCUUUAGCCAGAGGACACAUCUUAAUCAGCACGAGAGGACUCAUACAGGAGAGAAGCCCUAUAAAUGUAAUGAAUGUGAGAAAGCCUUUAGCCAGAGUGCACACCUUAAUCAACAUAGGAAAAUCCAUACUCGGGAGAAAUUAUAUGAAUAUAAUAAAUGUGAUAAUGUUUUAAGCCACAGUCCUUCACUUAGUCAGCAGCAUAUAACUCAUGGGGGGGAAAUCAUAUGAAUAUAUAAAUGUAGGAAAUUUUUUGUCAUGUCUUUCCAUCCAAUUCAAUAUCAAAUUAUUCAUAGUGGAAAGUUUAUUAACAGACAUUUAAUGCAUAGAAACCAAAUAGAUUUAGACCUUGAUGUAGUAGCAUAUUACAUUCCCAAAAGAGGUUAUAAAAGUGAAAAUAAUUUAUUUUAUAAACAAGACUUUAUAGGAGUCAUGUUAAAAU